ACAAUUGAGAGCCUGCCUGCUCACACGGCCUCUGUUUACAUCGCUUCCUGGAGAACUCUGGUUUUAGCCUGCUUUCUAAGAAAGUCCUCCGCUUGUAACUGCCUGUUUCUAGCCCUGCCUUCUAGCCCAUACCUACCUUUGCCCUCUACUUAGCCUGCUCCAGUAACCAAACUCUGGCUAUCUGCCUGGGUACAUUGCUUUAUUGACUUCUAUAGCUGGCUCAGAAUACUCUGAUCAUGGGGCUUUGGGCUCUUCUAACCUGGGCUUCCCUCCUGCUCCUGAGCCUGGCUGUGAUCUGCUUCUUGCUCUAUUGUGGAUACAUCCAGUACAUGCAUUUGAAAUUUGACCACAUUCCGGGACCACCUAGAGACAGUUUUCUCUUUGGUCAUACACCAACAAUAAUGAAAAUUACAAAGAAGAAUUGUCUUGUGUACGACCAGUUUUUAGAAUGGAUAAAACUUUAUGGUCCAGUAAUUCGGAUUAAUGCAUUGCACCGUGUUGUCAUCCUGACAUCAAGCCCAGAAGCAGUAAAGGAAUGCCUAAUGUCCCCAAAAUAUCAAAAAGAUGUGUUUUAUGACCGUAUUGCAACUUUGUUUGGUGUAAGAUUCCUGGGAAAGGGUUUAGUGACUGAUCGGGACUAUGAUCACUGGCAUAAACAGAGGAGGGUUAUGGAUCCAGCAUUCAGCAAAGUUUACCUUAUUGGAUUAAUGGCACCUUUUAAUGAAAAUGCAGAGCAUCUUAUGGAAGUAUUGUCAGAAAAAGCAGAUGGUAAACAAGAGAUUAAAAUGCACGAUCUAAUGAACAGGAUGACACUGGAUAUCAUCGCCAAGGUGGCUUUCGCGAUGGAUUUGAACUGCCUCGAGGAUAAAGAAACUCCAUUUCCCAGAGCAAUCUCGCUAGUAAUGAAAGGUAUGGUGGAAACACGCAAUCCACUGGCAAAGUAUAUGCCAGGAAAACAAGCAAUUAUUCGAGAUGUCAGGGAAAGUAUCAGAUUCCUCCGAGAAAUGGCAACAAAAUGCAUAGAAAAACGACGUAGGGCUAUAGAAGAUGGAGAUGAUGUACCAGAAGAUAUCUUGACCCAGAUCUUCAAAGGGGCAGCUCUGGAAGAAGAAUUUGAUCCAGAGACAUUAAUCGACAAUUUCAUCACAUUUUUUAUUGCAGGCCAAGAAACCACAGCCAAUCAGUUAUCAUUUGCAGUUAUGGAACUGGCCCGGAAUCCAGAGAUACUGGAAAAAGUCCAGGCUGAAGUAGAUGAAGUGAUUGGCUCCAAAAGAGACCUUGAUUACGAAGACCUAGGAAAACUAAAGUACCUGUCCCAGAUCCUUAAGGAGACAUUGCGGUUAUACCCUACAGCACCAGGAACUUCUCGAGGGCUGCAGGAGGACCUUGUGAUAGAAGGAGUGAGAAUUCCAUCCAAGGCAACUGUAAUUUUCAAUUCCUAUAUAAUGGGAAGGAUGGAGGAAUAUUAUGACGACCCUCUAACAUUCAAUCCAGGUAGAUUCGGCCCUGAUGCCCCAAAACCGUACUUCACAUAUUUCCCAUUUUCUCUGGGUCCGCGAUCCUGUAUCGGACGGGUAUUUGCACAGAUGGAAGCGAAAGUGGUGAUGGCUAAACUAUUGCAAAGAUUUGAUAUCAAACUGGUGGAAGGACAGAGUUUUAAGAUACUAGACACCGGAACUCUCCGACCCCUUGAUGGAGUGAUUUGUACGCUGAGACAACGGACAACAAAGAAGACGUUGUAGAGAAUUAGAAUUUCAUGCAUCGUGGUGACUAACCCUAUACAAUGCAGGCCCUGAAAUAGUGACAGUGAACACAGAAAUUAAAUAAUUCAGAGUAAAGCUAUAAUUAGUAACGCACAGAUCAUAGCAAAUUAAUAUUAACAGCUUUACAAUGUCAGACUUUUGGACACAAAAUAUAUAUAUAUUUAAAUAAAGGGUCUAUAACUGUUA